UUUAGGAAAAAGGGAAAAUUCUGAGCGGUUGCAAUCAUCUUUUUUUUUUAUGUCUUUUUUUCUGAGGUUUCUUUUCUUUUCUUUUCCUUUCUGAUGAGUGGGGGUCGUCGGCCGACAUCUCCCUUCACACAGCAGGUCCAUUUAGAAAUCUGUCCUCGGACGGACACUGGGAUCUUGUUGACGUCCCCUCUGAGAGGAGAGGUCCUCCUCCGGACCACCAGCAUCAGCAUCAUCACAUUAAUAAUGUUAAUGACAGGAGUGUGGAGGAUGUUCUGUGGAUUCCUCACUGACUAACUGUAACUCGCUGUAACAGACAUAUUGAACUGUUGUACUGUGAAGGCUGCCAUUACUCUGACACUACCUCCCCCCUCCUCCCCCUCCUCCGUCUCCCUGCUCCAUCAGAGCUCAUGUUCAAACCUUCACACCUCGAGAAACAGGUUGUUGUUGUUGUUGUUGUUUUUUAGUCCCUUCUUUCUUUUUUCCGUUCCCGUUGGGUUCUGUCCUCCCUCGGCUGUGGGACGUCGUUGACCCUUCACAGCUCAACUGUGCCACAUCUGCAGCUCUCGGGGCCUUUUGCUGAGUCGCUGCCAUCCGGGAUCUUUCCCCCCCAUCUCUCCGAGAGCGAGAACAAAGCCGAGAGGAUAGAGACGACCCAGCGUCCCGUCCUCUCGUCCGUCCCCCUCCUCCAGAAAGACCAUUUUUUCUCUUGUUUUGGUCCCCACCCAAACGCAACCAUAAGGUUCCUACCGCGUCCUCCUCCUCCUUCUUCCCUCUCCUUCCGCUCGAGCGUGUCACGCUUUUUCGGCUUGGUGUGGUCCCGCAAAUUUUCAAAUAUUUACUUCCUGUACAUCAAGAGGAAAGGGGGCCCCCCUUUCAUGGAGUGCGGAAACAUGGGCCUGUUCGACCGCGGCGUCCAGAUGCUGCUCACCACGGUGGGCGCCUUCGCCGCCUUCAGCCUCAUGACCAUCGCGGUCGGCACGGACUACUGGCUGUACUCGCGCGGCACCUGCCGGAGCAAGUCCAUGAGCGAGAACGAGACGAGCAAGAAGAACGAGGAGGUGAUGACCCACUCGGGCCUGUGGAGGACGUGCUGCUUGGAAGGGAACCUCAAAGGAAUGUGCAAACAGAUCGACCACUUCCCCGAGGAGACGGAUUACCAAGCGGACCCGUCCGAUUACUUCUUACGUGCCGUGCGAGCCUCCAGCAUCUUCCCCAUCCUCAGCGUCAUCCUGCUCUUCAUGGCCGGCCUGUGCAUCGCUGCCAGCGAGUUCUACAAGUCGCGCCACAACAUCAUCCUCAGCGCAGGGAUCCUGUUCGUGGCUGCAGGCCUGAGCAACAUCAUCGGGAUCAUCGUGUACAUAUCAGCCAACGCGGGGGACCCUUCAAAAAGUGACUCCAAGAAGAACAGCUACUCUUACGGCUGGUCCUUCUACUUCGGCGCCCUCUCCUUCAUCAUGGCGGAGAUGGUCGGCGUCCUGGCCGUGCACAUGUUCAUCGACCGCCAUCGACAGCUGCGGAUAGGGGCGCGCGCGGCCGACUACCUCCAGGGCUCGGCCAUCACGCGGAUCCCCAGCUACCGCUACCGCUACAGACGCCGCUCGCGCUCCUCCUCCCGCUCCACGGACCCGUCGCACUCCCGCGACGCCUCGCCGGUGGGCCUCAAGGGCUUCAGCGCGCUGCCGAGCACGGAGAUCUCCAUGUACACGCUGCCCCGGGACACCCUCAAGUCCUCCGGCACGCCCACCGCCACCUACAACUCCGAGAGGGACCACAACUUCCUGCAGGUGCACAACUGCAUCCCGAAGGACCUGAAAGACUCGAGCCAGACCAACACAGCCAACCGCCGCACCACGCCGGUAUGAGGGCGUCGACAACGGGCCGCAGCCGGCCCCCCGGCGGCGAGCGGAGAGACCAGGAGACACGGGAACCCCUGUGGGUGCGGUACGCCCCUGGAGAAGAAGGAUUUCCAUGUUUAUAGACAUUUGUUCUUUUUGUUCGGGUGCAUGACUUUUCCAUUCGCAUCGGCGAGCGUCUCGACGGGUCUGCUGCGUUCAGCGGGUCGCACGGCAGCGCCGGAGAGAGGGGGGCGGGUCGCACCGAGAGAGGGAGGUCGCUCAUUGGGUUUUUUGCGCGGGUUCGUUUCGGGGCAGUGACGGGGA